CCAUCGCUUCCGGGGUAGGCAGUUCCCUACGGGCCGGCAAACGCAGAGCCACGCCCCCAUCCAAUUCUGCUUCCGCGCGUGGUCUUUUGGACCCAGAGGCCGCCGUAACCCCGCCCACCAAGGAAACACUCCGGAACGACGCCGACGCCCUCACCCGCCUCACCGGCAUGAAGCCACCGCAGCGGCGGCGAGCGAUCCCGAGGCGCUAUCUGGUUGAGGUGACUGGCCCCGCGGCCUGGAGAGCCAGCGAGAAGCGGCAGCUGUUACGACUACUGCAGGCGCGACAGGGCCAACCAGAGCUGGACGCCGCCGAGCUGGCCCAAGAGUUGCCGGGCCGGAGCAAGACGGAGAUCCAGGACUUUCUCCGGCAGCUCAAGGGCCGAGUGGCCCGGGAGGCCAUUCAGAGGAUACAUUCAGGUGGCCCAAAGGGUCCAAGGCGCUGGGAAACACAGACCCCAGCCCCCAUCGAGGUGUGGAUGGAUCUGGCUGAGAAGGUAACAGGCCCACUGGAGGAGGCGCUUACUGUGGCUUUCUCACAGGUGCUCGCCAUCGCUGCCACGGAGCCCGUCAGCCUCCUGCACUCAGUGCCCUCCAAGCCUACGCAGGCUUGCGGAAAGCCACUGCUCCUCAGCGCCCCUGGAGGACAGGAGGACCUGAGUCCUGAGGCUUCCAGCCCCACCCCCGAGGCCCCCGGAGGGCGUGAGGUUCCUGGCUCUGCCCCCAAGACGCAAGGCCCUGCUCCUGAGGCAUCCUCCGAGUCCCUGGCUGGCCAGUCUGCUGAGGGAGACUUUUCUGUGGACUUCGAAAAGAUCUACACGUACCUAUCAUCCGUUUCCCGUGGUGGCCAGGGCCCUGAGCUUUCCGCAGCUGAGUCUGCUGUGGUCCUUGACCUGCUCAUGGCGCUUCCUGAGGAGUUGUCCCGUCUGCCCUGCGCCACCCUGGUUCAACACAUGUCGGGUAUGUACCGACACCUGACGGCCCCCCAGCGCGACCUUGCCGUUGGGGGCCUGGCGUCGGGAACUGAGGAUAGUGGGGCAGGUUCCAGGGGUCAGGAGGAGACUGGCCAGGCCCGCUCUCAGGCCCCCGAGAAUGCUGGCUCCAGCCAGCCCAUAUCCUCUUGGCAAGCAGCUGGGGUGUGCCCCCUGAACCCGUUCCUGGUACCCUUGGAGCUUCUGGGCCAGGUGGCAAGGUAGAGGCCUGGCAGGCAGGGGACACGCCAGACCUCGGUGAGCCCCCAGACCCUCAAUCCUGCUUGGUCUGGCCCUGGAUUGUCAUGAGGAUCUUGCCACGGUGGAAAGUCCCUGAGCCAAUGUGCAGUUGCCUUGACAUGCUUGAUGCAGUGGGGGUCUCAGAGACAAAGCCCAGUUGUACAAGGAGGGGUUCAGCCACAGAACUGGCUGGCUUAACACCACCAUCAAAUAUUUCCACCACUGGUUCCUCAUCCCUUCCGAAGCCCAGUAUCCUGUUUCCUGUAACAAUGAAUAAAGUUCUUGUCAA